AGUCUAUUAUUUCCCUGGCACUAGAGCCUACUUGUGUGUGACUCCAUCCUUUGCUGAAGACCAGCUGACACAUCCAGCCUCAGGAACUGAGAACUUCUGGAUUCUUGGACUUUGCUUCCUAUCCUGCUGUUGAGGAAUAAGUUCACCAGCAGCCUAAGGUCGAGGACUUAACCUCAGCGAUCAAUGGAUAAAGCCAAGAAGAUGAUGCAGUCCUUUUCCAGAUUUGUCAAGGAUACGACAUAUACUGAAGAACAUACACUGUCCCAUACACAUGUCUUGCCAGCCCAGAGUACAAGGUGCUCCAAGUCUGAGACACUUUGUUUAGGCAAAGAGGAAAGCCACUGCUCUGUGGAUGGCUGGAUUGCAGAUUGGGAUCUAUAUUCCUUUUGUGUAUUUGAGAGUGUGGACUACCUAAGAUCCUACCAAAGAUGGAAUUCUGCCAAGAAGAAGAGCACAGAGGUCUUCCAGUGUGAGAGUCAGAGGGAGCCACAAGUGUCCCCAGGAGAUGUGGACAAUAAGAAAGAGAAAGUUGCAGAGGAGCCAGACCAACCUUCACCAAGCUUGCUCAGGGAGAAAAGGCUGGAAGUUGAGACCUGUGAUGGUGGAGACUGCCCUGACAAGGAUCCUGCUUCUGAUGGUGCCAGGCACCUAGGCUGCUGGGCAUGGCUUCAAAGCUCAUUUGGCCAGAACAAGUGAAAAACCCACCCAGAACUCUGCUUGGAUCCCAGGAGUCCUGAUACCUCCUAAGACUAGCAUUUAGGGAAUCUUCUGUCAGCUCCUGCUGAUACAGCAAAGGCAUACAAAGGCAGUUGUGUCUUUGCAGCCAUCUGGUUUUUGUGUGUGUUUAUUUGCUUAGCUUUCUUAAUAAAAAUGUUAAAAAGCUG